GAUAGACCCACCUGUGGCAGACGCGGAUAGUCAUAAGUAGACACUCCAAGACCGUUAUAACGCAACAAACCGUUCGUCGGACUUCUGCUUCAUACCGUUUUAUCGGACGCCAAACAAGUCGUUCCGUUAAAAUGUUACUACAUUAUCAACAACCGACCAUCCUUCUCAUCUUAUUUGUGGGCAUAGGGGUGGAUUCUACCAGUCUGGCUCCCUCUACAGAUACCCCCAACAGCCUUCCCACCACAGAACCAUCCUCUCUCACCUCUCACACUCCAUGGACGCCAACCCAAUCUGACCAUACCGGAUCGGACGGGUCCACCUCCACCAACCCAGCCUCAGCCCCAAACACAGUUGACCCCAACACAGCCACGUCGGGCACCAGCACAGAGCUAACCUCCACCACCUCUCUGAACCCCUCAUCUGGCAUCACCCACCAUGGGGACACCUCCACCACCAUGACAGACCCCUCUGUGUCCCCAAGCACAAAGCCAAGCCCUGCUGGAACCACAACUCAAUCAGUUAUAUUUAGUACAACAAAGGAAGGCCCAGCGGUGACCAUGACCACCACUGUGAUGGACGCCACGGAAACCGGAGCUACCUCCCCAUUCAGCACGGGGGACGGCACGACAGAGAUGACUUCCUCGAGUCAGACCCUGACUUCCCCUGUCACUCAUUCUCCCGUUACCGUGGAAACAGACAGCCCCCCCGCCUCGACUUCAGUAACGAUUGAGCCUUCGACAGCCUCAUCUGCAACGCCCACCACCGAAACCCCCCCGACCAUCUCCGUACCCACAGCCCAAACUCCCCAGCCAGACGCGUCCACCUCUGUCACUGGAACGGAUCCCACUCCAGCUGAUGUUACCACACGCACAUCAGGAAGUACACAGGCUGGCCCCAGCAGCACCACAGUCUCUUCCAGCACCUCCAGUGGGCCAGACUCAGAUAUCCCAGUCACAACAACUGUCAUGACAACAAGAACACAGACUGCUCACACAGAAACAGCCACUUCAGACACAGUGACCACGGACGGAACUGUCACCUCAGGAACAACGACCAGAGACACCACGGAAAACAGCCAGACCACAGUGACCAGAGAGACUGGAGGAACUCCUGCCACAGGCAUCACUAACUCCACAGCCUUCCCACCCACCUCCGCCACCACAAGAGUGUCUGAGACCAGCAUCUCAACUGGAACAUCUAGCAGCACAGACACAGCUGGAUCUCCACAGACAGGCCCCACCUCCACCACCACCACAGGACUGUCUGAGACCAGCAUCUCAACUGGAACAUCUAGCAGCACAGACACAGCUGGAUCUCCACAGACAGGCCCCACCUCCACCACCACCACAGGACUGUCUGAGACCAGCAUCUCAACUGGAACAUCUAGCAGCACAGACACAGCUGGAUCUCCACAGACAGGCCCCACCUCCACCGCCACCACAGGAGUGUCUGAGACCAGCAUCUCAACUGGAACAUCUAGCAGCACAGACACAGCUGGAUCUCCACAGACAGGCCCCACCUCCACCGCCACCACAGGAGUGUCUGAGACCAGCAUCUCAACUGGAACAUCUAGCAGCACAGACACGGCUGGAUCUCCACAGACAGGCCCCACCUCCACCACCACCACAGGAGUGUCUGAGACCAGCAUCUCAACUGGAACAUCUAGCAGCACAGACACAGCUGGAUCUCCACAGACAGGCCCCACCUCCACCACCACCACAGGAGUGUCUGAGACCAGCAUCUCAACUGGAACAUCUAGCAGCACAGACACAGCUGGAUCUCCACAGACAGGCCCCACCUCCACCGCCACAGGAGUGUCUGAGACCAGCAUCUCAACUGGAACAUCUAGUAGCACAGACACAGCUGGAUCUCCACAGACAGGUCCCACCUCCACCACCACCACAGGAGUGUCUGAGACCAGCAACACCACCACUAGCCCCUCAGCCAGCCCCAGUCUGACACCAACCACAGGAGUCACUAGCAAAACUACCGCAAGCACAGCCCUUGUUUCUUCCUCUACACCAACCAAUGAAACCGCCACCACACCGGCUCCAGGCCAGACAACAGGGUCUGGCAUGACCACACCUACGGCUCCACCUGGCACUAGCCCGCCUCCAAGCAGCACUACCAUACCUCCACCCACCCUUCCAGAGGUUUGCCCCGCCAAGCCGUGUCCAUCUCUAAGUAUCUGUCUCAACGGUACCUGCCAGUGUCUGUCUGGAUACUAUAACAACUCACUGGGUCACUGCAUUGAAGCCCAAGUCUUCCCCGGAAACCUUCAUCUUGUGUCCUUGACCUUCAGCAAAGAGAUGAGCAACAGAUCCUCUAUGGUAUUUCAAAAGACAGCAGACAACAUCUCACAAGUGAUGAACAAAGCACUGAAGGAUCAGCCUGGCUUCAUUCGGACGGAUGUAGUGCGGCUAGAACCAGGCAGCGUGCGAGCGACGGUGUUCAACGUGUUCCAGCCAGGCUCCGGUGCCAGCCAGGGUUCCACAGACACGGCCAUUCAGAAGGCCAUCACUGAGAGUGCAAGUUCCCCCGACGACCUGUUGAGAGGAGCUACAUUUCGCGGCACCAGCCUGUGUGACCAGGGCUCUUUGACCAGCUGUGACGUCCUCACCGCAAGUUGUAUUGAUGAAAAGGGCACGGCCAGGUGCACGUGUAAAUCUGGCUACGUCUCCAACCACCCCUACGGUAAUCUCAGCUGCAGAGCUUGUCCCAGUGGCCAGAGAGCAGAGAGAGACAUAUGUCAGCCAUGUUCAUUUGGCUACUCUGGAUUCAACUGCGAUGAUUCGUCUCUGUUGGCGGUGGUGGUCAUUUCCUGUGUACUGGGAGGAGUACUGCUCAUCAUAGUGCUGGCCCUCCUCAUAUACUACUGCAGGAGGAGAUGCUCCACAGAGAAGCCUGAGUUCAGCAGUUCCAGCAGUCCCUACACUGUGGAAGAUGUCCACGGGCCCUGGCCCAGCCAAGGCCUUACCAUCCCCCGCGCCACCACCAACUGGGACCCCGCCUCCAUGGAGAUGACGGAGGGGGGUAGCACCCACGCCCUGAUGGAGAAGAAGCCCCAGACCAACGGAGGGGAGUUUCACAUCAAGCUUAGAAGACAAAAGAAGACGGGGUCCUAUGAUGUCACCACAGACAGCAUGAAUACGUUCAAAGGCGAGAAUCCAUCACGCUACUCCUACUUGGUCCAGGGCCAUGAGAACCCGUACUUCAUACCAGGAGACGAGAGGAGAAACAGCUGAGUAGCUGGAAGAAGGAAGAGAGGGAUGAGGGGAAAAUGUCAUAUAGAAGUAUAAAGACUCACAAACCACUUCACAAACGCAACGGUUUUCUUUUGUUUUUUUUCUGAGCGUGGAAAGAUGACAGUCCUGUUGUCAUUCUCAGGGUACCACCUCAAUCAACAAACACCACCUAAAAGAAAGUUAUGCUAAGAAUUAUUGGUUUUCUUUUGAGAUGCAACAACUUCAUUCUAUAAUCUAAAGGGAAGAAAUAAGGUUUAGAGAUAUUCAAAUUAUUGUAUUUACGUGUCUGUUGGAAGAGCUGCUAGGGUGUUUUUGAUCAUAACCAGUAGAUGUCGCUGUUGCUCCAAAUUAUUGAACAUCUAGUAAUUUAAUACAGUAAACACAUCAUUUUGUGUCCGCAUUUUCGCAAUGUCAUAGUAUUGAAAAGUUAUUCAUCUCUGGCUAAUUGCACUAAAUUGUGUGCUGCGUUUACCACAUGUUUUUCUUGGGGAAAAUCAAAACUGUUUUUGAGUGUGAACGAAUUCUCUUUUCUAUGGUUCUUCGAGUUCUUAGUACAGAGAUUUUAGAUGGUUUAAGGGCUGGAUCCUUAGCCUAGGCGGGGAGGGGUGUGCCCAGGGGGUGUUUGUCUGUGCACAGACACUGUGGAUAUGCUGAAGCACCUGUGUUGAAGCUGCUGCAUUUGCAAAUGUGCCUGUUUCUGUGGUCCUUAAUGAAUAGGAAACAUUAUGCAAAGCACCUGACAAAGCUUGUUUGGAUGUGCCAAUUAUGUGUGUAUAUUUUCGCUACUCUAUUCCUGUGACAUGUUGUUCACACAUCUGUGUCUCUGCAACUCUGCACUAUUUUCUAAAAGUGUAAACUUUUGUAAACAAGUAUCUAUCAGCAGUGAAUGAGGGUGAUGAAAGGAAUAAAGGCUAUCACUGUUAUGAA